AGAGUACAUUUUUCCCUCAUUGCACCGCGCGCCCCCUCUUCCUUCCUCUUUCCGCCAUAUUGCAGAACUGGCAUCAUGGUGCGCAUGAACGUUCUCGCUGAUGCGCUAAAAAGCAUCAACAAUGCCGAGAAACGUGGGAAACGCCAGGUUCUCAUCAGGCCCUGCUCCAAAGUCAUAGUGCGCUUUCUUACUGUGAUGAUGAAGCAUGGUUACAUUGGUGAAUUUGAGAUCAUUGAUGAUCACAGAGCCGGGAAAAUUGUAGUCAAUCUCACAGGGAGGCUGAACAAGUGUGGUGUCAUCAGCCCACGCUUUGAUGUGCAGUUGAAGGAUCUGGAGAAGUGGCAGAAUAACCUUCUCCCAUCAAGACAGUUCGGGUUCAUUGUUUUGACAACUUCAGCUGGCAUCAUGGACCACGAGGAGGCCAGACGAAAACACACGGGAGGAAAAAUCCUUGGGUUCUUUUUCUAAAAAUGUAAAGCCGCCAACAAAUAAAAAAAACCAGUCGAA